CUUAACAUUUGUGACCAAAAGACAUUGUUUUUCAUAAUGUCGGACUCCGAGGAGGAAACCCCUGACAAACAAUUGAAGAUCGUCAUUAUGGGUGAUGGUUCUUCUGGAAAGACCUCUAUAGCUACCAGAUAUUCACAGGAGCAGUUUGGAAGGCAAUAUAAACAGACCAUUGGAUUAGAUUUCUUUCUGAAAAGAAUAAUAUUACCAGGAAAUGUCCAUGUAGCACUGCAAGUUUGGGACAUCGGUGGACAGACUCUAGGAGGAAAGAUGUUAGAAAACUAUAUAUAUGGUUCCAAUGGAAUCCUCAUGGUCUAUGAUAUAACAAACUAUGCAAGUUUUGAAAAUGUAGAAGACUGGUACAGUUCUGUAAAAAAAGUGUUUGGAAGAGACACAAAAAUACCACAUAUGGCUUUAGUAGGAAAUAAAGUUGACCUUGAACAUAUGCGCACAGUGAAAAUGGAUAAACACCAGAAAUUUGCACAAGAGAAGGGCAUGUCUAGCCACUUUGUUUCAGCCAAAACAGGUGACUCGGUGUCUCUUUGUUUUCAACGAGUGGCAGCUGAAAUUCUAGGCAUUAAGCUGACAAAGCCAGAAGUGGAAACACAUCAGAGAGUGAUUAAGGCAGAGAUAAUACAUUCUAACGAAGCAGCUGCAAAGCCUGUUCUGACAUCAGCCAAGAGUUCUUUUUGCUCUUUACAGUAACACUUGAUGUCAUUCCUCUGGGAAGUCUUGCAAAGACAAACAUUUCUUCUAAGUGCUGACCAGUAAAUUCUUGUUGUAGAUGAAUUGUAGAAAUUAAAACACAAAUUUCCUAGACUAUUGGAAACUAAAUGAAAAAAAAGCAAUCAAAGUCCUGAAAUCAUGAAGUUUAAGGCAAACAGAUGAACACUACACACUAUUAAUCAAAGGAACUAUCCAUUUACAACACACAUGCUAACACCCAUUGUGAGAGAAUGUCACUUUUAUCAUGCAUUUGGUCAAAUGAAGGAUUAAUUUAACAUUUCUGUGUUCACUUAAGUCUCUUGUAUCAAUUGAUAGUAGAAAUUACAGUAGUCUUAAAAGGGAAAUAAUCCGUGCAAAAUAUUGAUAAAUGUUUGUUGUGGAGAUUUUUGUUAUUAAUGGUAUUACCAGUAAACUCAGGUUGUGAUUUUUACAAAUGAAUUGAAACUUUCUGUAUCAGAUAGACCACACAGAGAAUUAAUGUGACAUCAAUGUUUAUAGAAUUUGACAACAGAUGAGCUGUUGGAAAACAUGUUGAUGUCUUAACACUGUCACUGUAUGAUUAGAAAUUCAUACAUUGUUUAUUGUGAUGUACAGUGUAAUCAUCAUUUGUUAUUAUUAAGCUGUUUUUGUUUUGUAUCUGCUAUGCCUGUGAUGUAAGUGACAUUGUUUCUAGUUUCUGAGAAAAUGUUUGCUAAUCCUCUUGUCAGGAAAUUUUAGACCAUAUCCAUGAUUUUAUCUAGAUUCAAGACCAUUCAGGUCACCUGAGACAAAGUCUCAUGGUGACCUAUUGCGAUCACCUUCAUCCAGCAUUGUGCGUUGUGCAUUCAUAAACAAUUGAAUAUUUUCAGCUUCCUCCUCUCAAAAACUCUUUGAUUCGAUUUCAAUGAAAACUUACCUGUAAUUUUCAUAGAAAAAAUGCAUUUUUGAGUAUACCGUUGGCUAUUUACCACUGGAAAUAACUUUGUAAUAAUUAUUGGUACAGGAUGACAGUUUUGAUAGUAUGUAUGUAGUGACACAGACAUACUAUAUUCAAUGUCACAAUUUCUGUUUCAUGACACUUGAUAACUACCCUUUAACCUGUAUAUUCAAUAUUGCUUAUCUCAGGUGAUCAUCAAAGUCACUAGGCUUCUUGUUGUAUUACUAGUAAAUCUCCUGUGAGAAAGUUGAACUUCAUUGUUCGUACGUAUUCUGAAACUUUCAUGUCUAUAUUUCUUAUAACAGGCCCUGGAAUGAAUGUCAAACAGAUCACUUAAUCAGCCUAUGAUUACAGGACAUAGAUCUAUUGGAUUGUUUCUAGUUAAGUCAGGAAGAUUCUUGUUCAGUGUGAUCUAAUGAUUACUAAUUAAGAUUGUCAGGUAAGUUGAAACUUUGUCUAUGAUAACAUUUUUUUUUCAACAUUUAUCGAUUUAGCAGUUCUCAGAAAUGAUUUUCUGAUAAAAAUCAUCCGUUUGAAUGCUCAGGUUUUUUUUUAAUUUACAUCCUAUUGCUAUGAAAGAUGUUCAUCAUAUUGUAUUGUACUUCAUAAUGAGUAUGAAUAGGUUUGUUAUAGACGUCCCAAAUUGACUUUGUCGCUAGAGUUAAACCAAAAUAGCAAUUAUGGUAUGACUUCAUGUCUUCUAAAUAUUUGGCCCCAGUUAUUCGAAGCUUGGAAAAAAAUCAAAUAUGAAUGAGACAGAAUUGGUAAAAUUCUUAUCAUUUCAUAGUUGUAGAUCCAUUCGGACAGAUCAAAUUAAUAUUUUUUGAAAUUUUUCUUUGAGACUCCAGGUUUUUUCAGGAGCAGCUAUGUAAAUUGUUCAUUAACUACUGGUUAAUUCUAAAAAACCAUUGUGCAACAGGAGCCAGGAUGCAAAUUAGACAAUGACUAACCAUGGAAGUGAUUAGUAAUGAUAUGCGGAAAAAAAGUAUCCAUUUCUAUGUUGGUAAUGGUGAACAAUUGGUUGGUAGGUAUAAUGCAGGCAUAAUUAUGUAAGUAAAUUUGUAAAUGAAAUUAUGAUGUGUAACAAUAGUCAAUGAAUAUUGUGUGGAACAGCAUCACUUUGUUGUAGUUCACUUUUAUUACAACUGGUCAUCAUAUCUGACCAGGCUAAAAAAUUAGCAGAUAACCUAAUUUACAAUGUAUUUACUUUUUUGUAAAUAUCUAACCAACACUUGUAUAAAUAUACAUGCUUCUUCGUUUUCCCAUUAAAAUUUAUCGUACAUAAUGAUCAAACAGAGAAAUAACAUAAGAUGAGAGGACAAAAUUUAAUUUCACAGUGCAGUGUAAAAGUUACCACAUUGAAACAUUUUGAUAUCCAAGAAUUACUUCCCUUUAUUUCACUCUAGCAGUUUGUUUAUCAUUACACUUGACAUAGGAUAGAGGUUGAGAAUGAAACUAAGAUUAUGGCAAGGUUAUUUAUCUGUGACAGUUUAACAAGCUAGCCCUGAUGAUGUUUCUGAGUUGUGACAGUUUAACACGCUAGCCCUGAUGAUGUUUCUAUGACGUGUGACAGUUUAACAAGCUAGCCCUGAUCAUGUUUCUAUGACUUGUGACAGUUUAACACGCUAGCCCUGAUCAUGUUUCUAUGAUCAGUAACAGUUUAACACGCUAGCCCUGAUGAUGUUUCUAUGAUCUGUAACGUUUAACAAGCUAGCCCUGAUCAUGUUUCUGUGAUCUGUAACAGUUUAACACGCUAGCCCUGAUCAUGUUUCUAUGACUUGUGACAGUUUAACAAGCUAGCCCUGAUCAUGUUUCUAUGAUCAGUAACAGUUUAACACGCUAGCCCUGAUCAUGUUUCUAUGACUUAUGACAGUUUAACAAGCUGGAUCUGGUGAAAUUUCUCAUCAUGGUUGUUCUAAACCUAUGUCUAUAAACAAAACUUUUUGUAUUAAUGUAAAAUCAAAAUUUUGUUUAAAGUUUUAAAAUCAGAAAUAUUUGGAUAUGUUUUUUAAGCAUGCCUGGUGGUUGCCAAAGUUACUGACAUUGAAGUGUUUGAACAUUGUGGUACCUUAUAUCUGUGCACAGAAAGUGAUUCUGCCAUUUGGUAAUUAGUUACAUAUCAUUAUCAUACAAUUUUUGUGUUAUUCAUGAAGAUGUCGAAUGUUUUUGCUGAUAUUAUAAGCCUUAUGUUAUCAUUUUUGUAAAGAUAUUUUUUUUACACUUGUGUGGAGUGUUGAGCACCUUUCUAGAUCUGGUGUGUCACACAUAAGUAAUCCAUUUCUUACCUGCAAGAAUAGGGCACUGGUUUUGUGCUGCUGUCCAUUCUCAAAACUUUCAGCAGGAUAUUCUCUAACUACACAUUCUUUUGGGACAACUUCAGAUGGCUUUUAACUCAAUAAAUGAAUGUUCUGAGUAAUGAAUCAUGAAGAGAUUUUUUUAACGGUUUUUGACUUCUAAGGAAAAGGAAAUCCAUGGAACUAUACAACAUGCUCUUUAAUUCUCUGGAACUUUAAAGUAUUCAAAAUUGGUGUGCAUAUUUGUUACCAACCAAUUCUUGCAAUGGUGUUUGCAUUUCGCAAUUACCUUUUUAAGAAGUCCUACUUAUCUGAAUAGAAAUUACGAGAAAGUUGUGGUUGAAAAUAACCCUGUGCUGGUCAUAUUAGUCCACCCAUUUAUUUUCCCAUUUAGCAGGUAUAUGAAACAAUGCUAUUUAAUUUUUCCAUAAUACCCCCAUCCCUUAACUUUGAGUCAGAAGUGGGGCCUGUUGCAAGGUAUGUACAGUGUGUUCUAAAUUUAAAUGGAUCAGUCUUUCUGAAUGGCAAGAACAUAUUUAUCUUGAUGAAAAAAGAUUGCAAAUCAAACUAUAGGUAUUGGUGUGAUGAAUGGUGUUCGUACGCAUUGUUGAUAUUCUUUGUUAUUGAUCAUUUUGUCGGAGAGAACUGAUUCUCCUUGGAUGUAUUAAUGAAGACAAGACUGAUACAUUUCUUGAUUCAGCUGGAUACUUUCAUGACCGUGUAUAUGAUAUUUCUGUUAGGUAAUGGUUGCUAAGAUCUGAGAACACUAUACAGACAGGAUAAUUGAUCUUUUUUUCCUUUUUUUUAAGAGUUGUAUUUUCUUUAUGCUUUCCAGUUAUUCCAGUAGACUUCCAUACCAUACUCUAAACGUACACAUUGUAGUGUGAUCAUGUUUUAGUGUUUUUCACAUGAAGGAUAUUGCAAAUAUGAUUCCAUGAAUUUCAGUUUCUGCGUGUUGUUAAUAUAGCAAUUAUUGCAAACACCUAAAUUAAUCAUUGCAUUGAUUUUUACAAAAUUGAUAUUGGGUUAAAUAAAAAACAAAAAAUAAAUAUGUUUUCAGUAUCAUUUUAUAAUAUCUAUGAAGCAUAUAGCUUAGUCAGUUUGCAUAUUUCUUUUUGUUUUCAUUUGCCUAUAUCUCCUGUGUAAUAUUAAUAUGUAGAGAACCUUUCGUGCAAAACUGACCUCAUGUCUCUUAGAAAAUAUCUUCACUGCAUAACUUUGUGAUACAGAGAAACUUCAACAAAUUUUCAUUUCUUAUAAUUUGGAUCUUAGCCGAGUUUAUUUGAGAAUAGUUGGACUAUAAACACCAACAAAACUCCCCCUGGCCUAUUUUGUAUUAAUCUAAGCAUGUUUGUUGGGAAGUGUAAAAAUGAAUAAACAAGUGGGAGUAGAAGAUAAAAAGCUUUACUUUCAUUAAUAUAUUACUGAUAUCUGUAUUGAAAAAAUGUGUUAAAGAGAUAUCUUGAUUGGAAAAAAGGUAAUAUCUUGAUAGGAAAAUGUGUUAAAAGAUAUCUGGAUUGGAAAAAAACUACUAUAUUAGUUAUUAGGUGAUUGUUAAUCAGGGAAGAACACAUUUUUAAUGAAUGUGUACGAAUUAUUAUUACUUGGUAGUCUGUUUUUUCUUUUUCAAUAUUGAAUAUUUUGUCCAUUGAUUUUGAAGAAUCAUUUAUACAGAUUCAACAUUUUCACAACCAGCUAUACAAUAGACUGGUGACGAGAAUAUACUUUGAAAUGAGUUUGUUUGUCUUGCAGUCUGUAUCAGUCUACUUAUCAAAUGAUAAAUGUUUUGUAUAUUUCAAAAAGCACCCAUAAAUAAAAUGUAUGUUAUUUCAGUGCGACUGUUGUUGCCUGUCACCAGCUGGUAACUUAAUCAUUCAACAUUUUGGUUCUUUUCGUCUGUCAGCAGAGUGUUACAUACUACUGAAGUUCUUGUUUCAUCGGCUCUUUUAAAAGGAUUGUCUCUCAAACAUAUAAAUACAGUUUUAUUAAAAAAACAUGAAAGAAGAAACAUUUCGAGAGAGAUUCUUUAGAUGAGGUUCCAAAAUAAAAGAGGGUACUGCAUUAGUUUUACUGUAUUUGGCAGGGUAAUGUUUAAUAUGUUUCUAAGUUUAAGAUUGGAGAGGGGAGGGAACCUGGGGAGGUAUGAAACUCAUGUUUGACAGGAAGUGGAGCAUAAUUCAAAAGAAAAUGAAUUCCAAAGUAAUGUGAUAAGCUUCUACAUUUUACUUUGUUACCCGUAUGUGCUUUUCUCCAAAAGUGGAACGCUUUAUAUGAUGUCAAGUUUUUUUUUGUUGACAUCUUGAUUUGGUUAGCAGCAUAAAAAAAAUCAAUAUUUUCCAUUACUGGAGUAUAACUAUGGAGGUUUUCAGCAAAAUUUCAACAAAAUUUCACCAAAUACAUCAGUGCUUACCUGGUUGAUCACAUUUCUUAAAAUUUAGGACCAAAAAAAAAAAAUAUUUCAAUGUAUUUCUUGAAUUUUGAAAAAAAAUACAUUAGGUUUAAAGUAACAUUUUUUUUUAGAAUUUUGGAAAUUUUGGGCAUCAUGAGUUUCAUACAUUCUUAAGAAAUAGAUAUAUUUUUGAUUACUCAUCUAUGGUCAGGCCUAUGGCAGGCCAACGAAACUCUUUACCAGGGCAUUAACAAAAACUGGAAUUAUAAAACUUUCACAAAGAAGUGAUCCCUACACAUGCACUUUCCUUCAACAAUCCACAAAAACACAAAAUACCUGUUGAAAUUGCAUAAUUGUGAAAUAAAUUAUUUUUGUCACUCA